AUUCCUCCCAUCGAGUCUCAAUAUCAUCACCACUAGCAUAUAACAGAGAUGAAUCGGCAAAACAACACAAUGCAAGCAGCCGACCCGUUUGAACCCCCUCCAUCAUACGAUGAGGUGGUCUCCGGUCCAUCCGCUUCGGGUUCAAACACAUUACAAGUCCCUCCCGAGACAGGAAAUAGGGAUUCCCCACUCACCCGUCGCCCAACGGAAGACGAGACCCGCGAGCUGCCUCCCGGAUGGAUGCGUCUAUAUGAUUCCAAAGAGAAGCAUCAUUACUUCGUCGACACCACCACCAACCCCCCUCGCUCCACCUGGAACCAUCCCUACGAGGACGAGGAGUAUCUGAACUCCCUCUCGCCACCCGAGCGUGCGCGCAUCCAAAAGAUCUACCGCGCAACCACCGACACCGCCGUCAUCGCUGAGGGCAGCACCAGCUCAGAGCGUCGUCCCACGCCUCCUCCGCGGCCACACACGACGGGGGAAGCCAAAGGGGCGCGCAAACUGGGGCGGCGCAUGAAAGACGCCUUGACGAACUCGACGCACGAAGAGCGCGAGGCGCGGCGGCGCGAGCGCGCAGAGCAGGAACGCCGCGCCUACGAGAUGCAGCGCAGAUUCCGCAUCGCUUUGACGAAGGCGAUGGAAACGGGCGUGCCGCAGUUCCUGGGCAAGGACUCGGACGGCAAGGAGGUCUAUGUCGAGCCCCCGUAUGGGCCGGGUGGCCAGCAGUACGCACCACGGGGAUAUGCAGGCGGGGCGUACGGGUACAAUCCCUAUGCGCAGGGCCCGUAUACGAAUCCCAACGCGAGAUUUUUGAGGCCGCAGCAGCCCAAUAACCUCGACUACGCUGGAUAUGGCCCUAUUUUUGCAGCUCCGCUGUUGGGCUUGGGAGCGGGGAUGUUGCUUGGGGGAUUGAUGUUGUAGUCAUCUCUAGUGCAUGUAUCUCUCUUCUGGAUUGGAGUUCUAGCGUGGGUUUCUGGGUUAUUGGACAGAUGGAUAGGAUGGCAUCCAAAUAAAUCGGCUUGGGAAGUCUACGGCAGGAAGGAUCAGGCGGCGUUUCAUCAGCACUUCUUCUGUAUUGUAUAUAUCCCAAUUUGCUUCACC